AUGGCUGAAAUAGCAAAUUCAACUGUAUUUACAAACGGAGUAACAUGUAAUACCACCGAUUUGCUUCAACGUGCAUUCCAGGAAGUUAUAAAUGAUGAUGACCAUGAAUUUGUAACAUUUUUAACAGACGGCGACGCGUCGCACACAAUUCAUCUCACUCAGGCCCAGGCCGCGGAACUUAAUUUAAAUUUCGAAGUUGACUCUUGUGCUAAUGAUCAACCCAAUGAAUUGUCUUACCAGUCUCAACAACAACAACAACAACAACAGUGUCAAACCAAUACGCUCAAUGGCUACCACAAUACCCAGAGUCAGAGUAAGUUUGAUUCUGCUUCACCAGGUACACCUGAAACGAUUGACUACGAGACGGCCAGGUGGUCGAUCGACGACAAAUUGGACGGACAUGAUGCCGACACCGCCAGCAAACCAAUCACCAUCGAUGACAUCACCAGCUCCAGUGCUAAAACAAUUGAUUUUGAGCCCAAUACCCGAUCCAACGUUCAGGCAUUAUUUAUUCAUUCAGAUUCUUCCAAAAAAGCGGGCCUUAGUAAUAAUAUUUCCUCGAAUUUCAACGAAAUCCAAUUGGCUAUUAAUGGUAAAAAUAUUCAGCAGAAUUUUUCUACAGCAGCAUUGUCUUCGUCUUCACCUCAAGUACUUCAGAAGCUGCCGGUAUAUCUGCCCUCGUCGCAAUUUAUUAUAAAACCGGCACAAACUAUUUUGAAAACAAGUAAAAGUAUACAACUUAUUAGUAAUAGUAAAUUAAUUAAUGGUAAUAAUGGAAGUCAGCAUCAAAACCAGAAUUCAGUUUUACUUCCCAAGGUAUCAACUCUGCUGAAUUCUGUUAAUUCUCAUGUAUUCAAAGGUACAUCUGUUGCAUCCCAAGUUGUUCAUGGCAACUCCUUAUCAGCACAGUUAUUAACUCCUCAAAUAAUCACCUGUGAGUCAUCAAAUCAGCGAGUAACAAACACUAAUACUGGUGGUAAUACCAGUGGUCAGUGUAAUACUAGUAAUAACAAUAAUAUUAGUAUUAUCAAUAAUAAAAACGGUAAUUUAAUAGCCAAUGGCGUGAGGUCACAGAGUCUAGGUAAUACUCAGCAAAUAAGGCUGUUACCACGUGUAACUGGUGCUAUUCAAGAAACCAAUGCUGGACAAUUUACUGCAGUUGUUAAUAAAACAGCAGCAAUUAAUGAGUCAGUAAAUGGAAAAAUGACUGCUGGUAGUUUAAUUGGAGGUAAAAUAUCUACAGGAGUUAUUUCGUCAAAGACCGCGCAAUUUACCCCGCGAAUGGUGACGGCCAGUAUUGGCAAGCUGGCAACCACGGCGACCAAGGUACCAAUUAAUUCUUUAAAAUCAUCGAUAACGUUUCCAGCUGGUACGACGAUAAGGCCGCAGAAUUUUCGCUCUGUUAAUGCUGGAUUGAUUCAACGAAAUGGAACAUCGGUGUCAACUUCAGUGUCCAUACUCAAGCCUCAGCCUAAGGUGGUUCCCAAGCAAAAUUUGGGAGUUGGUUCACCAAUUUCAGCAGUACUGAAUGGUGCUAGUACCGGAGUUGGUAGCUUACAGAAAAUUGUCAAAGUAGCACCGCAGAGUCUAUCGAUGGAUACUGUUAAACGCGUGCAGAGCAACGAAGCCAAGAGAUCCAGUGAUUUGGUGAUGAAUAAAAUGGAUGUUAAGAAGCCAAAAACUGUGGGAAUGCUUUCUUCAGGAACUGCUGGACAGACUAAUUUAGCUAAGCCAUUGGGGUCCAAUGAAAAUCCUAUUCAAAUUGUUCAACAAGGACAUACUUUUCAUAGCUCACAAAAAUUAACGCAGUCACAACUGAAACAAAUUGCUCAUGUAUUACAACAACGAAGUCAAGAGUCGUCAAUUCCAAAUGAAAAAAUAGUCUAUCGAGUUGUAUUCCCAGAAGAAUUAGAUCUAAGGAUCAGAAAUCCAAUGAAUCUAUUAAAAUCUCGUGGUGGCAAGCGCGGUAGGCCGAAGAAGAAACCAACCAAGUCUAUGAUAGACGAACGAAAGAAACACGUAGCUCGAACACGCUCUGGCCGUUUAUCACGGCCGCCGAAGCAUAUCGUGCGUGACUACAAACAUCUUCACCAUCUAGAUUUCAUGGAGCCUGAUCUGGAUGACUCUGACGGCGGGUACAGCGAUUACUACGUCAACAACGACAAGAUCGACUCUGAAGAAGCUGCUAAGGACUUACUGACAGGCUAUGAAGGUCCUAAGCGUAAAAUAUCCGAUCACUUUCGUUGUCCGACAUGUAAUAAAAUAUAUUUAGGACGCUCGCGGAUGACCAAACACUUCGAACUGUACCCUGAUCAUGGGAGUCCUGAUCAGUUACCACCAAUGACGGCAGAGCCAGAACUAAAGCAGUCGCCACAGUACCCCCAAGACCAGUUUAAACGUAAGGGCAAGAGACGUGGACCCUGGGCCUACAUUACUCCAGAAGCUAAAUCAGAAAGACGGCAGAUUAAAUUAAAGGAAGCUUUAGUCGCCUGUGACACUGAAGAGAUACUUAAAAUAGCAGCUAAGCCUGUUCUUAAUGCACAAUCAUUGUUUGAUCUCAUGGUUAUAAAAUCGGAUAAUUGUUUGAAAACGUUUCUCAGCGAAUUGAAGACUUUAGUUGAUACAGCGCGUGAGAGAGUCAGCACAAUGUUGUCUCCGGAGAAUGAUGACGAAGAUAAAGAUGAACACGUUCUUGAAUUGAACGAUGAUUUGCUUUGUGAUACCCUGGGACUAGUUCCCGGCUAUUACAACGUUAAUGAGGAAAUAUUCAAAAGUUCAAAUCAGUUUUACAACACAUCAUUCACAACAUCUACGGACGAAGAACCACCGUCGAAAUUGUCUAAAAUUGACAACGACGAUGGAAAAGAAAAUAUCGAUAAGCGUCUGAAUCACUUUGGUGAUAACAAUAUCAAUUUAAACGUAAAUGUUUCUAAUUUUUUGAACGAUCGAAAGUUUGAAUCCGUCAAUGUAAACUGUCCAGAAGUUCUUACUGCGUUAACGCUGAUGCCUAGGAACAGCAGUCCAAUCAAUUCAACAGACAGUUUAAGCAAAUCGCACAGUAAUUUGUCGACAAAAUUACUUAUCUCUAAUCCAGAGAUUCAAAGCCAGAUUUUAGACAAUCCUGGGUUCCAGAAAAUUCAGAUAAACACUUCAAAACAUACGUUCAAAAAAUUAGAACCUGCUCAAGAAGGAUUUACAAAGUUAAAUGGCAGCAAAUUGGAUAUAACCAAUAGUCAAUCAUCUUUAUCAUCGCUCUCUUCUUUGUCGACGUCUUCGUCUACAUCGUCAGAGUUUACGAAUACGAAAUUGAACGAUAAUAAUUAUGAACAGAAUAAGAUAGAUAAUUGUUUAACGCAGACGUUUAUUAAAUUAGAGCCAAUGCAGCAGAUUGGUUUUGUUAAAUUAGAAAACGGCACUGUUGGUACUUAUCAACAAAAAAAUUCUACACAGAGUUUUAAGUUGCAAGUUAAUAAUAAUAGUUAUACUGAUAAUACGGAGCAGAGUAACAGUUGUAAUGAUACGCAGACAUUUACAAAAGGUUUUCAAAAAAUAAUACCUAAAAUAAUUGCAGUAUCGUCUACUGCGAGCGAUAAUUCUAGCAAUCAAUGUAAUAAAACGGAGGCAUUUAAUAGCGGUAAUGACAGUAACAAAGAUAUACUUUGUAAAUUAUCAAAUAACUUGCAGACGAUUAUGAAUGAGAGUGUUGUACCGAUAAUUACAAGUAAUUGUGAUGCUAAUUUGUUUGUUAGUGCUGAUAAUUUAGAUAUUACUAAGAUGACAAACUACGAUUUAGAUUUACUGACUAGUAAUAGCGUUAUUGAUAAAAAUUUGAUGAUGGAUGAAAAAUUAGUUGAACAGUUGCAGCUCGUUGAUCAAACGCGUCUUGUUGAUGAGCUGGUGUCCGAAAGACUCAAAAAUAUAAUGCCAGAUAAUAUUUUAGAUAGUAAUUUAAUAAGCAGCAAUACUGCUAAUUUGGACACUGAGCUUGAUUUCGAAGCGCUGAGUGAAGAGUUCAACAGAAAUACUAGAAGCUGA